AUGUUUCUUGGAGACCGCAUUGUUGCAGCGUUGAAUGAACGACGAGCAGAACUCGGUUUGCCAGAUGAUGCGGAGGGAUAUAAACAGUAUGAGUAUGGGCACAUCAAUAUGAUGUGCCCAACGUUUGCGCCUGAAGAACUAACGCUACCGAACACCUUUUCUGUCCGCGUUGACGGUGUCGGUAGGGGAGAGGCCCUCCCUGAUUGGAUUGCCAACAUUGCGAACGCUGAAAAGCCGUUGAUUUAUGCAAGUUUCGGUACUGCGGCAGCAACAAUCCCCGGUUUUGGUCCUGCGCUGCGUAACGUUGUCGACGGCCUGGGUUUGAUUGACGCUAAUGCAAUUGUUUCGGUCGGCAAGAGUCUAAACUGGAACGGCGAACAGGUUAUUGACGAACAUGACAUUCCUAAAAACGUCUACGUUGUCGAUUGGGCGCCGCAAGCGCUAUUGAUGCGUAACAUCGACCUCUUGAUCACACACGGUGGCCCUUCAACAACACGACAAGGUAUCGUCUGCGGCGUGCCAAUUGUUGCAGUGCCCUUGCUCUUUGAUGGCUUCGAGAUUGCAAAUAGACUUUGCGAAAAGGGAUUGGCAGUUCAGCUUGACUGGACAAACUGA